CUGUAUUGAAGGCAUGGGGACGGGCGGGCGUAGAGGGACGCGGUCCGGGAAGGGCACCGAGGGCGCGGCGACGGCUGCCUCCCCUUGCCUGUACCGUUGUAUCGAGUGCAACCGGGAGGCCCGGGAGCUGUACCGGGACUACAGCCACGGCGUACUCAAGAUAACCAUCUGCAUCCAUGGGAAACUCUGCAUGUUUUGUUUGCUUUGUGAAGCAUACCUGAGGUGGUGGCAGCUGCAAGACUCAAGCCAGAGCACAGCCCCCGACGACUUGAUCCGCUAUGCCAAGGAGUGGGAUUUCUACAGGAUGUUUGUGAUUGCUUCUUUCGAACAAGCUGCCUUUUUUGCUGGCAUUUUUGCAUUCCUGUGGGUAGAGCAACCCACGACAGCAGAGAAGAAGCCCAACCUCGUCCUGCUCCUGAAAGCACUGCUGCUGUCCAGCUAUGGGAAGCUCCUGCUCAUCCCGGCCGUCAUCUGGGAGCACGACUACACACCUUUGUGCCUCAAGCUCAUCAAAGUGUUUGUCCUGACAUCGAAUUUCCAGGCCAUCAGAGUGACUCUGAACACCAGCCGCAGGCUGUCCCUGCUGGCCGUGCUGAGUGGCUUGUUGCUGGAGAGUGCCAUGGUCUGCUUCUUCCAGAGGAUGGAGUGGGAUGUGGGGAGCGACUGUGCAGUCUACAAGCCUCAGGACUUCUGAAGGUACUGCAAACAGCUGGUCUCUUAGUUAACAUUGCUACUUACUCCACAGGAAGCACCGUCAACAAACCAAAGAAAUGGUUCCACCCAAGUCUAAUUCCGGGAAUCGGGAUCACUGAUAGGAACACGACAAUUUCCUAGGCAUCUGUACCACCCAGGAAAGUCUCCUGGUGCAUCCUGGCGAGGGAUGGGGCCUUGUGAACCUCUCCCAUGCCUGAGUAUAGGCCUAUCUCACAUGCAUAGCUGCUGGGAGUUGAGGACACGGCAGUGUCAUGCCUGGAGGUCAGCAUCCCACGAAAAUCCUGUCAGACAUGGUCCUUUUCCGCUAGAUAGCAGAGUGGUGUGGCUGAGCUGGUACUGCCUAUGGCCUCUUCCCUCACAUCCCUCUGCUCCAGGCUCUCUCCAGCACUGGAUGGCUGCGCCCGUGUUCUUCUCUUGACUCUAUCCAUCCAGUGAUAGCUGGCUGCUGCCUUGUCUAGCUGCUCCUCUCCUUCCGUCGCUUAACUCCUGUCUCCCAGUCUCUUCCCCUCCAGAUUCCCUCUACUUCUGACUGUCCUGCAGCUCUCAACUACACAUGAACCCUGAAGGAAGCCGCUGAGUGGUUCUCUGCCAGACCCUGGAAAUACGUUUCCUGCCUUCUACCCUGCCUCCUGGCCCUGUGUCUACACAAGGUUCAAGAUUCUUGAAUGGGUGGUCUCCGCUGGCCAUGUGAUCUCAGCAGGACCCAGUGGCCUCUAAGAACUAUCCAGUCUAAGGACCCGAACCCUCCCCACUUCUCAGCCACACCGCCUCCCUGUGUUGAGAGUGCAGUAGCUAUAGGUUCCUUCAGCUUUUCAUGCAGAACCCAUGGCAGGGAAGGGAGGCCGCACUCCUGCCCAUUCCUGCUUCGGUCCAUGUCACCUUGCAUGUGGAGCUCUCAGACCCUCACAACCCCUGCCUCCUGCUGUGCUGUGAGCCAGCUCAUCUCCCUUCCUUCUGGGUCUUGGAGGUAUUGCUGCUGGACCUGUCCUCUCUCUGUGUACGUGUGUGUACAGCUCUUUGCUGGACGUUCUGCCUAAGCUGCAGCUUUCCUUGCCUCCCCUUUCCACGCCCUGGGUCCAUAGGCCUAGACUUCACAGGAGCCACUGUACCUGUGUCCCUCAUGGUUUGCUUCUCAGACCUGCUUCCCUGCUGGUACUGGAAUUCUAGCCCUAGAUCCCUCUGCUCUGACCAGUGCUGGGCCCUGCCUGCUGCCUGACACUUGGUGCGUCCAUCCCAUGUGUCCACACUCCAGCUGCUACUAGUUUACCCUUCUGCAGAAUGCCCUGUUCACCCCUGAGGAGGGACGCCUCUCCACACUCGAUCCUGGGCCUCUGUCCAGUUGGCAUCUCACAGCUGCCUUCCCUGUUUUACCCUCGGCCACCAAGGGCUGUUUCCUCGGUGCUUUUGUGCAUCUGGUUGUCUGCUGUAGUUUACAGGCAGGAGAGUCAGCUCAUGAACCUUUAGAGCCCACUGCAGAGCAGCGGCCUGCUGUGUCAGCGUGAACUUUGUUCGCUCUGCGUCUUCUUGAAAUUACACUGGGAGAGCCCUGCUUUGGGCUCCCCGUGUCUUCCAUGGCUCCCAGCAGCCCUGGAAGCAGGUCUUGUAUGGUGACCAGAACAGGCCCUUCAGAGUCGUUCUCUGCUUUCCACAGCUUUACUCUUCACUCUGGCGGGACAGCUACCUCAAAGGAGAAGGCACAGGAGAAACAAGGUCGCCACUUUCUGUUAGUGGAGUGAAGUCAAGACUGGGGGAUUCCUGAACAAACCCAGACACCCCCAGGAAGAUCUGAGCCACCUAGACUCCAGACUAAGAGCCCUGCAGUGACACACGGGCAGGCCCCGUGGUUUCCAGUAAGGAAAGGUCGCAGCUCGAUUCCUUUGAUAUGUUUGUGUCCUUAAAUCUAAGUAUUACAUUGCUGUCUUAAAAAUCGUAUUUUGUGUUUUUCUGACGGAAGCACUUUUCUCUUAAGUAGUCUUUCAGAAUAAAUCAAUUUUUUAUGCA